UCCGAGACGGGUCUACAUGAGCUAUGACGAAUGUUUACCUCUAUUUAGCUUUUGUGAUCCUCCUUGUGGAAUUCAGUGAGCAGGAACCUACUGCUGAAGUUUGCAACCAAAAGCCGAACAGAGGACCAUGCACUGAAAUUUUCCAUCGGUACCACUUCAACCCUGCCACCCAAAAGUGUCAGUCGUUUCUCUACGGAGGUUGCGGUGGCAACGCCAACAACUUUCAGAGCAUCACCGACUGUGAGAAAGCCUGUUUCCCAACUUGUGCUGAGCAGUCGGAGAGAGGACCAUGCAGGGCGAUUCUCAACCGGUAUUUCUUUAAUGCCAAAACUAAAACGUGCGACACCUUUAUAUACGGCAGCUGUGGCGGCAAUUCCAACAACUUCGAGAGCAUCAGCCAGUGCCAGGACACCUGUAUCAAUGUGUGUAACCUGACACCGGAAGUUGGGCCCUGCUCGGCACGUGUCCGGCGGUUCGCCUUUGACCCUGCCUCGCAAACGUGUAAGAAACUUAUCUACGGCGGCUGUGGCGGCAACGCCAACAACUUCGAAACCAUCGAUGCUUGUUGGAAGAAAUGCAGUCGAGGUGUGCUUGAAUAA